AUGAACCGAUUCCAACGACGUGCUUCAGCACCGUUUUUAAAAGUUAAUAGUGGUGAAAUAGAGCAUCCUUUGCGAUACAUAGGCUCAAUUACACCACAUCAAUAUACGGAAGAUCCAACAGUAGCAUGGGAAAUGCUAAAGGUUAAAAGGCCUGUGAAGCUUGUGCGACAGAUGAGACUGGAUUCGCCGAUUAAAAAUGAUCAUGUGCGAUUUGUAUGCAUUGCUUGCCUUCAUGGCUCUUUGUUGAACCCAAUGACUAUCCCUCCUGGGGAUGUUUUAGUCAUCGCUGGUGAUAUUACCAAUUAUGGUUUUCCAGACGAAAUAAAAGCUUUCAAUGAGAAUAUGGCAAAAUUAAGAUAUCCGUUCAAAGUGGCAAUAGCCGGUAAUCAUGAUUGCACAUUCGAUGAAGCAUAUCUUAAAUCUUCAGGCAAAGAUAUUGGCGAAAAGGAAUUGGCGCUGAAGAAAAAACUGGUAGCAGCAUUGGCACAAUCGAAAAUAACCAACCCAAAAUCAUUGCUAACCGAAGUUAUAUAUCUUCAAGAUUCUUUAAUUGAAAUAUUUGGAAUCCGAAUAUAUGGAACUCCAUGGCAACCACGCUAUGACAACUUGGCAUUUAAUAUCAGUCGAGGGCAACAAAUUCUUGACAAGUGGAAUCAAAUUCCAGCAGGAAUCGAUGUACUUAUAACACACACACCACCACUUGGCCACGGUGAUAUGCUUCCAAGUGGUAUACGAGUCGGAUGUGUGGAAUUGUUAAAUUCCUGUGUGAGAAGGAUUCGACCAAAGUAUCAUAUUUUCGGCCAUGUACAUCAAGGUUAUGGCUGUACGAGUGACGGAUACACGAAAUUUGUAAACUGUUCUUAUCAAAAUGCAAAUGGAACGAAGAAUUCACCAAUUAUUUUCGAUAUGCCUAUAGGCGCUGAUAUGAAAUCUCAGUUCAUGAAUAAUUAUUUGAAAUUAAUGAAAAAACGUUCGUCACCGAAAGUUUAA